UUCAUUAUUUCUUCGUCUUCAUCGGAAGUGGAAAGUUAAACUAAAAUAAAAGUGGAAAAAACACCCUGAAAAUAUAUGAAGAUAUACCUUCAAAUAGAAAAAAAUUGUUGUUUAAUGAAGAUAAAAAAAUAAAACAAAGAAUUUUUUGUCAUAAAAUUCGAAUGCAUUGAUAAAAAGCGUGAAAAAUAUUGUGAAAUUUAAGUUUUACUUCAAGAAAGAAGAGGAAAUAUUGAAAAAAUCCCAUGAAAUAAAGGCAUUUGCAAACUAACAAUAGAAAAAAGUACGACGAAUCAAUAGAUGAAAAAAAUUAAUAAUUACGUAGAAAAAAAAAUCAAAUUUAUUUUCUAACAAAUAUUAUUUAAUAAUAAGUAAAUAAUUUAAGAAAAAAACUAUAAAUAAGUAAUAAAUAAAUUGAAUAUAAAUUAAACAACGUACAGUGUGUGUAAAAGAAGAAAAAUAGAAAGGAAAAUUUUGUUAAGUGCACAGUAAAACCCUUGAAAAUUGAUUUUCCCCAAAAAGUACGAAGAAUAAUAGAAAAACAAAGAGCUGAAAAAAAUUGUAUAUAAGUUGCACUUCAAGUGCAGAAAAUAAAUAUCACAUUUUUGUUUAGUUGUGUGUGCGGACGAGAGUGCAUUAGUGUGUGUUCCUUUCGUGUCGCGUAAAAAUAUAUUUAAAAUUCCACUUUAUCCAACAAAUUAGACAACAAGUCACCAAACUAUUUUUUACUCCUGUUGUGUGACGUUUUUUUUUGUUUGUUGUUUCUCUUUUAAAUAAUUGUAUGACAUUUUCUAUAAAACGCCUGAUUUUUAGUGUUUUUUUUUGUUGUAUACAAUAAAACAAACUGAAAACAGAAAAUCUAUUAUAACUGUUAAUUAAUCAAGCCAAGUUUUCUUUUGUGCUACAAUAACAACAAGAUUAACAUAUAAAGCGAAAAACAUCUGUUAUCACUGUCCAUUUUAUUUCCAUAUGCAACAAUGAAUAUUGUUGGUGAUUAUGAAUACAGUUCCAAGGAUAUGUUGGGCCAUGGCGCCUUUGCUGUAGUUUAUAAAGGACGUCAUCGCAAGAGACAUUUUCCGGUUGCCAUAAAAUGUAUCACCAAAAAAGGUUUGAUAAAAACACAAAAUUUACUGGGCAAAGAAAUUAAGAUACUGAAAGAACUAACAGAGCUGCAUCAUGAGAAUGUGGUGGCUCUAUUGGAUUGUAAAGAAUCACAGGAUUGUGUUAAUUUAGUAAUGGAGUAUUGCAAUGGCGGUGAUUUGGCUGAUUAUUUAAGUGUCAAGGGUACUUUAAGCGAGGAUACAGUGCGGUUAUUUUUGAUACAAUUGGCUGGUGCCAUGAAAGCUUUAUAUACCAAAGGAAUUGUGCAUCGUGAUCUGAAGCCACAAAAUAUUUUACUAUCGCACAAUUAUGGCAAAACACUGCCAGCACCCUCAAAGAUUACACUCAAAAUAGCUGAUUUUGGUUUUGCCCGAUUUCUAAAUGAAGGCGUUAUGGCAGCUACAUUAUGUGGUUCACCCAUGUAUAUGGCUCCUGAGGUUAUAAUGUCUUUGCAAUAUGAUGCUAAAGCUGAUUUAUGGUCUUUGGGCACGAUCGUUUAUCAGUGUUUAACGGGUAAAGCACCUUUCUAUGCACAAACACCAAAUGAAUUGAAAUUCUAUUACGAACAAAAUGCCAAUUUAGCACCCAAAAUACCCAAUGGUGUCUCGCCCGAAUUACGUGAUUUGUUAUUGUGUUUAUUGCGGCGCAAUGCCAAGGACAGAAUUUCAUUUGAAAGCUUUUUCAAUCAUCGUUUCUUGCAGGGCAAAAAGGCGGCUACAUCACCAGGUGAUAUACCAGCUUCUUUGGCUAUGGGUACAACACCGCCUACAAAAUCGAAAAGUCCAUUGCAGCAACAACUUGAACAACAGCAGCAGCAACAACAGCAACAGUUACAACAACAAUUACAGCAACAGAAGCAUCAAAAACAAGGAGCAGAUGAUGAUUUUCAAGAUGAAAAUGCUGUUUCGGUGGUUGAAAAUCCUGCCAUUUGUGCUACAAUCACAAAUGUGGGUAUUUUAUGUGAAAGUGAAAACAAUACCGAAUCUUCGGAAUCUCAUGAAGAUUCCGAUGACUUUGUAUUAGUACCCAAAAAUCUUCCAGAAGAUCCAAAUGUUAUUGAAUAUGAAAAGAAACAUUCCACUAAACAACAGGCCGCUAAUAAUGCAGUUCAAAAUCAGUCCAGUCCUCCAAGACCUAGUACUUUACCAAUUUCUGAACCCAAACCCGUACCGGCACCAGUAAGACGCUACUCUACAAAUACUAAUGUACCCGCAGUGGCGGCCACCGCACCCAAUGUUUCGCCCUUGGACAAAAAUCAAGUGCGUUAUAGGGCGAACAGUGAACAGAUAUCGUCACCAAAGCUGUCGACUACAGCACCGACAGCCUCCCCGGCUCAACAGAUACCGCGAUCUCAACCAAUUAGUGUCAAGGGCCGGCAAGAGCAUCGCAAGAGUAGUGUUAGUAGUGAUAUUAAUUCCAUAUCACCGCCAGCUGUGCAAUUUGCUAUUGGUACACCACCCACCGGUAGACAUCGUUCGACUUCGGGUGGCUCGCUGUCGGAAACACCACCACCCUCGGCUCCCUGCACCUGGCAGGUGAGUCCUGGUGGUCAAACACAAUCGCCUUUAAGACGCUCCGGACAUAGUUCACCCGUGCUUCCGUCCGCUCUCACAAAAUUACCCACUCUAGGCAGUCCCACAUUAAUGGUGGCUCCCGGCUCGGUGGGUUCUUUGGGCUCUGGUUCCUCCUCGGAGAAUAACAAUCAGCAUCCCAUGCUGGGACCCCGAGCUUUUACUUUGCCCGAAUUGGGUGCCACCGGUGGAUUGCAAAGUCUGUUGGAUACAAAUGCCGCCGGUGCUGGUAAUCCAACGGAUAGCCAUCAUCAUUUGCAUGCAUUCCAUGCUCCCGAACUGUCGGAAGAAACCCUUAUGGAUCGUGAACACAAUGAGACUCUGUCCAAAUUGAAUUUUGUUUUGGCUCUCACCGAUUGCAUACAAGAAGUGGCUGAUUCACGUUGCGCCCCACUCUCCGCCUUGAUGGCAGCCGGCUCAAAUGAACAACCACAAAUCCCACCGCAUGCUCCCGAGCAUUGUAAGAGAGCCGAGAGAUUAGUGUUAUUGGUAAGAGCUUUGCAGCUGCUGUCAUCCGGCCUAAAUUUAGCAUCGCAACAACUAAGAAGUGGCAGUUUAAAGCCCUCCUCAAAUGUUAAAAACGCUUUAUUAACCAUGAAUUCAAAAUAUCGCAGCAUUUUAUUUGAAUCGAAGAAAUUAAAUGGCACUGGUCUAUUGCAAAAAGCCAAUGCAUUUAAUAUUACAGCCGAUAAAAUUUUAUACGAUUAUGCUUUAGAUAUGUGCCAGGCUGCUGCUUUAGACGAGUUACUGAGUAAUACCAAAAAUUGUUUUGAACGCUAUAAUACAGCUCACAUUUUAUUACAUUCAUUGGUGCAGAAAUGUAAUCAUCCACAAGAUAAAAUGCUUUUAAAUAAAUAUCGUGAUGCUGUGGAAAAACGUUUAAAUAUUCUACAACAACAAGGUUACAUUUACGUAACCGAUGAAAAUUCUUAAGUUAUAAAACAACUCUAAUAAAUCAAACCCAACAUCAUGAACAAUUUUUCUUUGCAGAAAAAAUAAAAAACAAA